GGGAAAGCUGACAGGGGAGAGACCUGAAGGACAUGCUGCUUUGUAUUUCUCUGCACAGCAGAGAAAUGCAAAGCAGCAUGUCUCCCUAAAAAACACACAGUUCAUAAUGUAAAACAGCACAUGGUUAAUCCUUUGCUUGCCCUAGAUGUUAACCUCUUCCUGCCCAGUAUCAUUAGUACAGUGUCAGUGCUUUUUAUUAGAACUGAUCACUGUAUCAGUGUCAUUGGGAUAUCCGUGGCAGUUAGUCAAUUCCCACCCAGUGUCCGAAUGCCCUCCGCAGUC